AUGUCGGAUGGUAGAAAAUCGUAUAUCCUAGGCUGCGCAAGCGCUGCCCUAGGAGUUCCAAACCUUCCUACGUCACCUUUGAUAUCCACUUUCCUAGAUAUACCAGAUUUCGCAACCUUGCAAAUCAUCUAUUCAAAUGAAGCUUCAUUUUCCCUUACUCUGGGUAAAAAAUAAUUCUACCUCACAAUUUUUUGUUAAAAAAUUAUUUUUAGCUAAUUCUAUUAAAUUUUAAAGAGCUUGCUUUCUAGAUACAAAUUUUAUAAUUAAUUUUGUUCAAAUAUUAAAAAAUUUCUAAUAUAAUUCUGUUAAAAAUUAGGAGAGGGAGCUAAUAUUCAGGCUUAUCCAGAGACAGCGCGCGAAGUUCAUUUUAUCAAACUAGUUCCUCGUGCAUUGAAUGAGAAUGAGAUGAUUUCAAGCGUCAUUAUGGGGACACUCGGGAGCAACCCACUUUCAGCUCUUCUCAGAAACCUCAAAGCAGUUACUCAGCCUCUAUUGCAGACUGGAAAUGUUGACAGCCACCUACAAAACUUGGCUAGUGAACUUGAAGCUGGGCUUUCUUCAAUGCUGAGACAAGGGCCAAGAGGAGAAUCAGUUGACUCAAUUUUAAUUCCUGCUGACGAAUUUGAAUACUGGGCAAGCGUUGCUAAUGACUUUCGAGGCUCUCAAGCAGUCCAAGACCAAGCUAAAACUUUUGUGACUUUAUUUUCAAAAAUUUCUAGACAAUGGAGCGAAAUUUCAACGCUGAGUUUUUCAGAAAUCCACGACCUGCUAGAGCAAACCCUUGACGUUUUAGAUUCAGUAUGGAAAGAAAAUAGUGUACAAGCAUACCCACAAGCCAGGAUGGAUAAGCUCUUUAACGUUAUCGCUGAAGCUAUUGCCAGAAAAGUCCAAGACUCAAUCCCUGACUCUCAACUUUGGGGCUCUGAGUUCUCAAAUGCCAGAAUGCUAUUAAAAGAAGCCCUAAAAGCUUGCGAAAGAUGGAUCGAAAUCAUGCAUGAGCUUCCCAACAACUACUGGCGAGAAGAAAGAAAAUGGGGUAAAAAGCUCCCCAAAAGCGAAUAUUUAAUGGCCUUUGCGAUGAGGCUAGAAGAAGUCCUCACACUGAGAACCCAGCAUGAUGAGCUUAUCCUUUUAUUAUCCCAAGAAGACCAGCGCCGCUUUAAUGUAGAAAAGACUUUUGACCCUUUCAAAAGAGUUCAGGCCUUCUUAGUCAACCCUUACACCCAGCCUAAAUGGGACGAAGCCAAAGCCAAAUAUGACAGCAACAUGCAAGUCAUUGAAGAAGAAAUUGCCAACAAGCUUAGAAGAGAAGUCCUACAAGUCUCAAAUAUUUCCCAACAGAUGAGGGAUUUCCAAAAAUGGCAAGGACUUCUAAGCCGCCCAAACAUCGGCAGGUCUCUUCAAAGCGAAAGAGAGCAGAUCCUUAACCAGCUCUGUAUACAAGUAGAACAAAUAAGAGAAGAAUUCGAAAGCAGGUCAGGCAUGAAGACAGAAAUAAUCCCAGGAAUGGAUAAGCCUCCUCAAGAUCUGAACAUGUCCCCAUUGGUCGGCAGCAUUGUGUGGGCUAGAGGCUUACAACAAAAAAUCGCAAGAAUUUUGUCAUCAGCUGGAGCAUUUUUAGCAGAUCUGGGAAGCAUUGGAAGACUAAAAGAUACAUGUGAGCAGGUCAGUAAAAUCCUGGUAGACUUCCAGAAGCAGCAGUUUAAUAGCUGGAAGGCGAAUAUUGAAGGGGAUAUUGAUAAUAGAAAUGAGCCAUUAGGGCUAGAAAUCACUGGAAAAAUGAUGGAGCUGGACUUAAGCGAUGGGCUGCUUAAGGUCAGCUAUUCUGAUAAACUUGUGCAGCUACUCAAAGAAACCAGGCAGCUUGCAGAGUACGGGUUCAGCAUUCCAAAAAAGCUUAAAGAUGUAGUAGCCACAGGCAAAAAAUACUAUAAAGAAGCAAUCACUCUUAAAAGAGUCGCUAACUUCUACAACUCAAUGAGCUCGCAAAUUAUCGACUCUCAGAAAAAGCUACUAUUAGGCGAGGCUAUUGCUUUUGAAGAGGUCGUAAAGUCAGCUAAAAACUUAAAAGAUGGCAAAGUUACGUGGAAUAACCCAGUUGACGUCGAAGAGUACAUCCAAAGAGUUCAAAAAGCAGCAAAUGAUUUAACGACAGAAAACAGAAGACUGAGAAAAGCCCAUUUCGGGAUAAUUGAGCAAAUUGGUGAGCUUGAAAAAAUUGACUUAUUAAGGCACAGACAAAUGUGGAAAGAAAAACUCGACGAAAUUAGAAGAGCCAUUAAUACAAUUACAGCUGAAAAAAGUGAGGACGCAGCCAGGGCAUGGAAAGCUGAUCUCGACAAAGAGCUUUUUAAAAGCUUAGAAGUCCAAUAUAAAAAUGGCUUAGAAAAUCUGACUGACAAUUUGCCUGAAAUUAAAGCUGAUAUCGUGUUUGCGAAUAAAACUUUGCAGUUUAGACCGCCGCUAGAAGAACUUAAGGCAAAAUACUAUAAAGAAAUCAAGCUUUUUAUAUCCAUUCCUAUCACUUUUCAAGGACUUGGAGGAAACCCUGAGGUAUAUAGAAAAAUGCCUGAUAAAAAUUCAGAUGGCCUUUAUACAGUUUAUUCUAAGGCUGAAGCACUAUUUGCUGAACUAAAAGAGCUGCUAGGGACUUACAAGCCUUGGGUUGUGCUGGGAAAAGUUAAUAUUGAUACAAUGGUAGAAGAGCACGUUAAAGAUGUAAAUGACUGGGAGGCUAACUUUAGGAUGCUGAAACAGAAGCGAAAAGACGUAGAAAAGCUGCAAGAGCAGCAAAAAGUCCAUUGCUUUUCUAUAUCAACAGCUCCUAUUAAAUCGUCGAUAGAAGAACAGCUUCAAAGACUUUCAGAAGCUCUGAUUGUGUCCCUUAAAACUUCUAUUAAGACUGACAUUGACUAUCUCGACGAAUUCCUCAAAUCAGCCAACGCUAAGCUUACUCAGCGCCCUCAAAGCGUAGAAGAAAUCGCCAAAGCCCAGCGCGAAGCCUUAGAAGUCGCAGGCCAAAAAGAAAAAACUUAUAAGCAGUACCAGAACCUUGAAGAAAAAUCCAAAAUGCUUAAGCAGCUCACAGGAGCCAGCCCAAACCUUGCAAUAAUUUCAGAUAAAUGGAAAAACUUCGAAGUUUCUGUAGAAGCAUUUUCAGAAGUUAUAGAGCAGCAGCGAGAAGUAGUCAAACAAGACAUCGCGAGAAGAGGCGAAGAACUCGCAUCAGCUUUAGACAAGUUUGCAUCUAGAUGGGCAGCACUUAAGCCUAACUCCCCCCCCAUCCUUGAUCGAACGACUCGCCAUCGUUCGAUCAAGGAUGGGGGUUAAAAAAAAAUGUUUUUGGGAAAAAAAUUUUAUAUAUAAAAAUAAAAUAUAUAUAUUUUUUUUAUUUACUUUUAAAUAAAGAGAGUUAAGAGUAUUUAAUAAUUAUUUUUUACAGCAGAAAAUUGAAUUAAUAUCAUAAAAAAAUACCAUUUUUAAUAUUUUGAUUUAUUAGUUACCCUUUUAAGCUGUAUAAAUUUUAAUUUUUUCCCUUAUUAAAUUAAAUUUUUUUUUUUAAAAAUUUUAAAGAAUCUCUAUAUUUAGAUUAUUGAGUUUUUAAGCCUAGGUUGAUGACUAAAGCACUUCGAAUGGUUGAUUCCGAAGCUUUCUCGUCUCAAAGUCUCUAAAAACAACUUCAUUAGGUACAUUUUCCAAGCUUUUGAUAACUAUUAUAUUUUUAUAUAUAUAAAAAUUGUUAUGAUAUGAAAAUCGUUCGAUCAAGGACGGGGGUUAAUUUCCCCAAUUUUUAGGAAUUUUUACAGUUAAUCGUUCGAUCAAGGAUGGGGGGGAAGUAAACAAAUUGAUGAGCUUGACAUGCAGACUGCUGUAGAAAACGCAGAAAAGGUAAAAGAGUGGAGAAAUGACUGGCAGCAGCUCAGUGAAAGAAUAGGGAAGCUCAAAGAGGAAUCGGAACAAUUCAAUAUGCCGAUAAGAGAGUUCUCGACAAAAGAUAUUGAGGCAGAAAUCAUUGAGCAAGAAUCCAAUUGGAGCUUGUUUGAAGAGUUCAGAACAGAGCUAGGCAAGCUUGGCGAAGAAGACUGGCUUUCCUUCAGGUCAAAACUUUAUUUAUUCCAAGAUUUCUUCUUACUCCCCCCCCCCUCGAAGUUCGACCAAGAUAUAGGGAAAAUUCCCUAUUUUUUUGUAAAAUUAACCCCCCUCAAAGUUCGACCAAGACCUAUGUAAAAAUUUACUAGGAAAAUAAGCAAUUUUUCAAAAAUUUUAAAACUAUGUGGGGGUGAGCUUGCGAUUUUUGUAUUCAAGUUCUAAAAAAGCGUUACAAAACCAUCUUGCACUAUUUUUUCUUACCCUUACACCCUCUCAACCAUACAGAAGAAUAUGAUAAAUUUUUUUUUUUUAACUAUUAAAUUAUAUAAAAACAAUUCUAUAUAAUUUUUUUUAAAAAAAAUUUUUCUUAACCCCCUCGAAGUUCGACCAAAAAAAUCUUGGUCGAACUUCGAGGGGGGGAGUUAGCCUGGACUGAAAAAAUCAAAGGCAAAACCAGAGAUGCAGUAGGCAGAUUUAUCAGCACCCAAAUCGAGCUCUAUAAAAGAGUCUGGCCUCUUCUUAAGCUAGCAACUGGGGAAGGCUUUGAAAAAGAGCACUGGAAGACUUUGUUUUACUAUUUAAAGCUCCCUAAAGAAAUCUCGAUGGAGAACUUGAAAUUCAAGCAUUACAUUGACAAUUCUGCCUAUAUGAUAGCUUCUGCAGACCAAAUUAAAGAGCUCCAAGCUAGAGCCCAAGGAGAAAUCACUAUUAGAGAAGCCAUCCACGAUUUAAGGGUCUGGUGUGAUGAAGCUGUAUUUUCAUUAUACGAGCAUAUACAAAAUGACAGAGUCACCCCACUUAUUAAAGACUGAAAAGAGCUUUUGACUCAAGUCAGUGACAACCAAGCCUUGCUUUCCUCGUUAAAAGAGUCACGAUUUUUCCAAAGAUUUGCAGAUCAGGUCGAGCAGUUUGAGUCAAAACUGUCGUCACUGGAUGACUAUUUGCUGAAAUUGAGCAUAAUCCAGAGAAAAUGGGUAUACUUAGAGCCGAUUUUUGGAAGAGGAGCUUUGCCACAUGAGCAAGGAAGAUUUAAACGAGUUGAUGAUGAGUAUAGAGGAAUUAUGCUAGGAGUUGGCUCUGAUCCAAGAGUUAUCAGCCUUUGCAGCAUCCCUGGGCUUAAAGAUACAUUGGAGACUUUGCUUGACCAGCUAGAAAGAUGCCAGAAAGCAUUGAACGACUAUUUAGAAGAAAAAAGAUCGAAAUUCCCCAGGUUCUAUUUUAUUGGUGACGAUGAUUUAUUAGAAAUUCUAGGCCAAGCCAAAAACCCUAAAGUCAUCCAAACCCACCUGAAGAAAUUAUUUGCAGGUAUCCACAGAGUUGAAUUUGAUAACAGUGGGACUAUCAUUGCAUUUUUGAGCUCCGCAGGUGAGCGAGUUGCCUUGCAUACUCCAGUACAAGUGUUUGAUGAUGUCGAAAUAUGGCUCGGGCAGCUCAGCAAAGAAAUGCAAUCAACGCUGGCCAGAGACUUAUUAGCGUGCUUAAGAAUUGAAGACAUCCAAAGUGCUUUAAGAGAGCAGCCAAGCCAGCUCUGCUCUUUAAGCGAAGUCAUCCGCUUCUCAAUGGACUGUGCCAAAGCUAUUGAAUCUAAUGGUCUACAAAAGCUGAAGCAGUCCUUAGCCCGUCAGCUCUCAAACCUUACAUCAACACGCUACACUGACCAGUUAUUGCUUUUAAAAGUAAAAAGCUUGAUUUUAGACCUAAUCCACAACAUGGAAGUCACUGAUUUAUUGAUCGCCCGCAGUGUAAACUCAGUCCACAACUGGGAUUGGCACCGCCAGCUGAAGUUUGUUAUGAACAAUGAAAAGCUUUGUAUCAUAAACAUGGUCGACGCCCAGUUUAACUACACCUACGAGUACCAAGGAAACGCCCCAAAGCUUGUGCAUACUCCUUUGACUGAUAAAUGCUAUUUGACUCUAACUCAAGGAAUGAUGAUGGGGUAUGGAGGAAACCCUUAUGGCCCAGCAGGAACUGGUAAAACUGAGUCAGUAAAAGCUCUAGGCCAAGCCUUCGGCAGACAAGUGUUAGUGUUUAACUGUGACGAAGGAAUUGACUUUAAAUCAAUGGGGAGAAUCUUUAUUGGGCUCGUAAAAUGCGGAGCGUGGGGCUGCUUUGAUGAGUUUAACAGGCUUUUAGAAGAACAAUUGUCAGCUAUUUCCCAGCAGAUUCAAGUUAUACAAUGGGGCAUCAAAAAUGGUGAAAAAACACUGGAACUGUUAGGAAGGACUAUUGAAAUUAACUUAAAUGCAGGGAUCUUUGUAACCAUGAAUCCUGCCGGAAAAGGCUAUGGUGGCCGUUCGAAGCUACCUGACAACUUGAAAAUGCUUUUCAGGCCAGUUGCUAUGAGCGUGCCUGAUAACGAACUUAUUGCGGAAGUUUUGCUAUUUGCAGAAGGAUUCCAAAACGCCAAAGAACUCGCUAAAAAGCUUGUAGAGCUCUUUAUCCUUUCUAAACAGCUAUUAUCAACCCAAGAGCACUACGACUGGGGACUGAGAGCUCUCAAAACGACUCUUACGAUUGGUGGACAGCUAAUCCAAGCCGAAAGAGCAUCCAAACGAGACAUUUCAGCUGACAGAGAAUCUAUUUUACUAAUCAAAGCAAUCCGUAUCAACACCUUGCCAAAGCUCACAUAUGCAGAUUUACGCAGAUUUGUCCCACUUGUAAGCGAUAUCUUCACUGGGACAUCAAUUGAAGACAUACAAUAUGAAGAGCUCGAAAAGGCAAUCCAGCAGACAAUUCAAGAGUUUAAGCUAGAAAACUCAGAAAACCAAGUCGCGAAAAUCCUGCAGUUCCACGAGGCCACUAAACAAAGAAUGGGAGUUGUCCUAGUCGGGCCAUCUGGGUGUGGUAAAUCAACGAUUUGGAAAGUACUGAAAUCUUCUCUAGAAAAGCUAGGCCAGCAGAUCAUAGUCCAUACAAUGAAUCCAAAAUCAAUGCCACGACAGCAGUUACUUGGACAUAUGGACACUGACACCAGAGAAUGAAAUGAAGGCGUCCUCACAGCCGCAGCCAGAGAGUGCGUAAAGCAGCCAUUAGAGGUCAGAUCUUGGGUCAUCUGUGAUGGUGACAUUGAUCCUGAGUGGAUUGAGUCCUUAAACUCAGUUCUUGACGACAACCAUCUCUUAACCCUCCCAACUGGAGAAAGAAUCAGUUUUGCGGACAAUGUAAACUUUAUUUUUGAAACAAAUGACUUGAGGUUCGCUUCUCCUGCAACUGUCAGCAGAAUGGGGAUGAUCUUUAUGAGUGAAGAAGACGUGGAUAUCAAUAGACUUAUCACUUCGUGGCUGAAGAAACAGUCAGCUGAAGACCAAAGCAGAAUGGAGAGAUGGGUCGAAGAAAUUUUGCCGAUGGCGAUUGACUGGACUUUGCAUUAUUCAGAAGAAAUGGCUGUCAAGACUACUAAGGUAGGAACUGUUAUGAGUGCACUGUCAACAAUAGGCGGCUCUAAAAGUAAAGGAGAGUUUGUGUACAAUGUACUGAGAGGACUUGGCUCGAAUUUUGCUAUAGAGUUGAGAGAAAGGUUUGCAAAAGAAAUUUUUGCGAGGAGUAAAGAGCACCCUGUAGAAGAAAAUAAGCCACUAAACAGCUUUUAUUCAGAAGCUACAGGAAAUUUCAAAGCUUUUGUGUCAGAAACUGAGAAAUUUGACCUCAAUGAAUUUUCUGACCCGUUUGAUCCACCAAUUGUGCGUACAGUCGGAAUCCAAAGAGAUAUUGAGCUAUUUAAGUCUUGGCUAGAAACAGGCCAGCCAUUUAUAGUGGUCGGCCCUGAAGGCUGUGGAAAAAGCCUUAUGCUUAGGUCUGCCUUUAAACAAUUAAAAUCCACCCAAGUUGCUACUCUCCAUUGUAAUGCUCAGACAACAGCUGGACAUGUGAUACAAAAACUGCUUCAAGUUUGUGCGCAAUCUUCAAAUGCCCAAGGCAGGCUAUUAAGGCCUAAAGACACCUCUCGUUUAAUUCUGUAUCUCAAAGAUAUCAAUUUGCCAACUCCAGAUAAAUACAAUACAAUCCAGCUUAUAGCUUUUCUCCAGCAGAUUGUGACAUAUCAUGGGUUUUAUGAUAACUUAGACUUCGUCAACCUAGAAAGAAUCCAAAUUGUAGCUAGCAUGAACCCAAGCUCCACUGUAGGCCGCCACAUGCUUUCUCCUAGAUUCACCGCAAAUGUAAGAAUUGUAUGUGUGGAUUAUCCUACACGAGACGAGCUUAUCCAUGUUUACACUCAAUACUUGAAAAAUAUAGUAAAGGCCCAAAACAUCGCUGGAAACCCUGACCAAGCUGCAAGACUAGCCCAAUCAAUGGUAGAUCUAUUUGUAAACGUGAAAACAAGAUUCCCAUAUGAUGAGCACAGGCACUAUUUAUUUACACCUAGAGACGUAACACAAUGGACUUUCAACCUGCUAAGAUAUGAAGCCAAAAGCCCUCCUCAGCUUCACGAAGUAUGGGGAUAUGAAGCAGUUCGAGUAUUUAAAGAUCGACUGGUCUCUAGAGAACAUUCAGUCCAAUUUGAUGCAAUCUUAAACAGCCAGCUGAGAUCUGGGCUUGGCUAUAAUGAAGGAAUUAAAGCAUUUUUCUUGACGUGGUCUUCAACCCAUGAAGCAGCUAUUAAAGGUAUCCCAGGCAUGGGCCGUGUGUCUGAAGAAGAUCUCAGAAAAAUAAUCGCCAGCGGUCUGCUUGCCUAUGAGCGAGAGUUCAGAGAGUUGCACUUCCACGUUUUCGACGAGUCUAUGAGCAACAUCGCUAAAGUAAACAGAAACUUAUCAGUCCCAGGCGGGUGUAUACUAAUGGUCGGAGAAAGCGGCGUCGGCCGAAGAAGCACAAGUCUCCUUGUCUCCCAUAUGCUGAAUCUUCAAUUUUUUUCACCAAAUAUCACUAGAGAAUAUACUGAUAAAGAGUUCAAGCUGAUAUUAAUUAGAUGUUUAUAGUAUCUAGAAAAGGGGGUUUGCCAAAGCUAGUGGCGUUGCCCGCCAUCAUGCAGCUUAAAAUGGCACGCCAUAUGAGCAGGCAUCAAAUUGUCGUGCCACUCAGCUCAUGUACAAUCCCGCCUAAAGGUCACCCGAAUGUGCUGAGAAGGUAAGUCUUAAACUUUCUAAAUAUCCAAAGGAUUGAGACAGGAGGAUUUGCACCCUUCCCUAUACUUAUUAUACUUAUCAGAUGUGACUAGAUAAGAUUUUUCAGGAAACCGAACCUCAUAAUAAUAAAAUGAGCUCAGGAAGAAAAUUUCACCUAUGUCGCCAUUUAUGAUUAUAAUGAUAAAGAGUUCAGGAAAGACUUAAAAUCGGUAUUGCAAAUAGCUGGAGUUGAGGGGAAAGGGACUGUGCUGUUUUUGGAGGACUAUCAAUUGGUUAGGCCUGAGUUCUUGCAGCUGCUGAAUAGCUUAUUGGGAGGUGGAGAAGUGCCUGGACUCUAUGCAACUGAAGAAAUUGAGCCUUUAUUAGCACCUUUGGCUGACCAAAUGAGGCAAGAGGGCAAAUGUAAAACUUUGUAUGAGUACUUCUGUAGCUUGGUCAGGAAGAAUUUGAGGAUUAUUCUAAGUUUGGAUCAUUCACAUCCUUUGUACUCUGUAUAUACUGCUAGCAACCCUGCACUAUUUACAAGAUGCUCUAUCCUCUGGCUGCAGCCAUGGAGCAAAGAAAGCAUGAAUGCUAUUGCCCAUAUAGAACUAGGAGAACAAAUUCAAGAACUGCAUGAUAAGCAAGAAAUCGUAGAUUUAAGCAUCAAUAUGCACAAGUCAGUACCUAAAUCAGUUAUGAGAAACUACAUGGAUUUACUUAUUCCCUCUCCUAAGAGAAAAAUAAGUUAAAUUUGAUAAUAUAAUUCACUUGAAAAAUUUAAAAAAUCUCAAUUCGCAAAAUAGAAAGGAAAAAUGUAUUCAAUAAAAUUUCAUUUAAUAAUUUUCUAUAGAAUAAUUUUAAAAAAUUUUUUGCUCACUGAUUUUUUUUCCGUUAUUUUUCACUUGUUAGCACAAGAAGUUAAAACCUUCAGAAACAUCGUGAAAAGCAAAUUCUCCUCACAAGGAGGACAAAGCAGCCAUUUGAAAGCUGGUCUUGGGAAGCUAAAAGAAGCAGAAACACUGGUGAAUGACUUAAAAGUUAAAGCAGAGCAUCAAAAGAAGCUGCUUGCCACAAAGCAAAAAGAAGCAGAUCAAGCUUUAGAACAGAUCACGAAAGCAAUGGAAAAGGCAGCAGAGUCUAAGCAAGAGCAAGAAGUCCUUUCAAAGCAGCUUCAAUCAGAAAAUAUCAAAAUAAAUGAACGAAAAUCAGUAGUCGAAAGAGAAAUGGCUGGGAUUCAACCUAUGCUCGAAGAGGCCCAAAAAGCAGUUGGCUCGAUUAGAAAAGAAAGCCUGGACGAGCUCAAAGCUUUGAGGCUGCCUCCAGAACCAGUCCAUGAUGUGCUAAGUGCAGUUCUCAGACUGAUGGGAAAUUACGAUUCGUCCUGGAACUCUAUGAAAGAGUUCUUAAAAGGCCGAAGUGUUAUCAACAAUCUGGUAAACUACAACCCAAGGCUUAUAACUCCAGAGGUCAGAAACGACGUAUGGGGACUAGUCAAUAAGAAAGCUUCCAGCUUUGAGCCAUCAGUAAUCCAACGAGCCUCUGUAGCAGCCUCACCUAUGGCAGCCUGGGUCCAAGCCCUACUGCAGUACUCCUUAAUUCUUGAAAAAAUCCGACCACUUGAAGACGACUUAGAGCGUGCCACAAGAUUAAUGGAAACUUCCCAGAAACGUAUGAUGGAGUGUGAAGAGCAGCUCGACGGCCUUGGAAAAAUGGUAGAAAGCCUCCGCAGCAACUUCUCCAAACGUACCUCAGAAGCUGAGCAGCUGAAAAAUGAGCUCAGCAUCGCGGAAGGAACAUUAAGCAGUGCUCAAGACCUACUAGGAAAAUUAAGCGGCGAAAAAGGUAGGUGGGAACAGCAGCUAAAAGAACUUCAAGGUAACUUAGACAUGAUGCCAAAGAAUUCAAUGGUCUCUGCAGGCUUUGUAACUUAUCUGUCUCCACACAGUGAAGAUAUCAGAGAAAACAUAAUGAAGCAGUGGAAAGGGUCAGCUGGGUCACUUAGCUAUGACUUCCGAAAGUUCAUGUCUUCAGAAAGCGAAAUGCUCAGAUGGAAAGGCGAAGGACUUCCUGGAGACUCUUUGUCAAUGGAAAAUGCGAUAGUCAUUUUUAACUCAAGCAAAACACCUCUUAUAGUAGACCCAGCAUCCACAGCGACAUCAUGGCUAAAAACACAAGAAGCAGGACAGCUAGAAGUUCUGAACCAAAGCGAUGUGAGGUUUACAAGUCAGCUGGAGCUUGCAGUAAGGUUUGGGAAAACUUUGAUUAUUCAAGAAAUUGAUAAGGUUGAGGCACUUUUGUUCCCACUUUUAAGGCUAGAUUUAGUAAAGCAAGGGCCAAGGUGGAUGGUUCAGAUUGGAGAUAAGCUAAUUGACUACUCAGAAACGUUUAGGCUGUUCUUAUGCACAAGAGAUUCCCAUAUUGAUGUACCGCCAAAUGCAUUUUCUGUGAUUAAUUUGGUGAAUUUCACUGUUACAAGGUCAGGACUGGAAGGACAGCUACUGAGUAUUAUUUUGAACCAUGAGCAGCCUGAACUGGAAAAACAGAAAACAGAGAUGUUGGCUAAAGAAGAGCAGCUAAAAGUGCAGUUGGCGACUUUAGAAAAGCAAUUAUUAGAAGAAUUGGCAACAGCUGAAGGCAAUAUUUUGGAAAAUAAAACUCUUAUAGAAAGCUUAAAUAGGACAAAAGAAAGCAGCAUCAGCAUAUCAGAAUCCUUAAACAAGUCUCAUGAGCUGCAGUUAUCAUUAGACGAGCAAAGAGAGGUUUACAGGCCACUGGCUUCGCAUGGAUCAACCAUUUUUUCACUGCUCCAGGAUUUGCAGAAAACGAACAAUAUGUAUCAAUUUUCAUUAGAAAGCUUCCUUAGGAUUUUCUCAAAAGCCUUGAAAUCUCAAAAGCCAUCCAACAACCUUCAGGUCAAACUUGACAACUUAGGACGAACUUUAGUCCGCUUGGUCUAUCUAAAUGUAUCAAGAUCACUAUUUAAGAGCGAUAGGCUUAUGUUUGGGCUUCACUUUAUCAAAGGAAUCAAGCCAGAGCUAUUCGAAGUCAAUGAAUGGGAAUUCUUAAAAGGAGAAGUCGCAGUAACCGGUGAUGCUGGGCGUCUUUUCCCUAACUGGGCUUCAGAAGACAGAAGAGACGAAUUCGGCAUGUUUGGCGCCACCUUGCCUAGGCUUAUCAACAGCAUUCAAUUAGACAACAAUGAACUGUGGAGGUCAUGGGGACAGUCUCCUCAAUGUGAGCUCGAAUUUCCUUCACAAAUCCAAAGCAGAGUUUCCCCAUUCCAAAAAUUACUACUAGUAAAAGUCCUCAGGCCAGAUCGUCUUGAAAGUGCAAUGACUCUCUUUGUAAGUGAAGGUCUUGCUGAAAAAGACAUAAACCCCUCCGCUCUCUCUUUGCAAGAUCUAUACAAAAAUGAAACUUCGUCAAUUGAGCCUGUGCUACUUAUUGUGUCACCUGGGUCUGAUCCUACUAAAGAGCUAGAAGAGUUUGCAGAAGAAGUCGUAGGAAGGGCUAAAUACCACCAAAUGGCUAUGGGUGGUGGUCAAAAUGAAGAGGCACUAAAAGUGCUGAGAGAAGCUGCCCACAAAGGAGACUGGGUUUGUCUUAAAAAUCUCCAUUUAGUUACAAGCUGGCUGCCUUCAUUAGAAAAAGAGCUGAAAAUCUUAAGACCUCAUGAAAACUUCAGACUGUGGCUGACUACCGAGCCUCACUUAAAAUUCCCAGCCAUUUUAUUGCAGUCUUCUCUAAAAAUUACUUAUGAGUCGCCUCCUGGGAUCAAGAAAAACAUGCAAAGAACUUACCAAUCUUGGACCCCUCAGUAUAUUGAGCAAGGCAACGUUUUGCGAGCACAAGCAUUAUUUGCAUUGGCCUGGUUCCACGCAAUAGUCCAAGAAAGGAGAACUUAUAUCCCACAAGGAUGGUCCAAGUUCUAUGAGUUUUCACUGCCUGACUUAAGAGCUGGGGCUACUUUACUCGAAAAAAUCCUUGAAAGAAACCCUGUUCAAUGGUCAGCACUCAAAGGUUUAUUAGAAAAUGCAGUCUACGGUGGCAGAGUUGACAAUAUUUUUGACUUAAAAGUGUUAAAUACCUAUCUUGAUCAGUUUUUCUCCCAGCAGACUUUUACUAAUGGGCAGCUUUCUCCUGAGCUGAGACUUCCCAAUUCUAAAAAUUACAAUGAUUAUAUAUCGCUUAUAGACAGAAUGCCAGAUACAGACUCCCCAUCACUAUUUGGGCUUCCUUUAAAUAUUGACAGGUCAGUCCAAAGGUUCAAUAGCUCCAAUGUAAUAAAACAGCUAAAGCAGUUAUCUGCAGUCAGUCAAGAAGAGCUAGAGUUUGACAGAGAAGAAUGGAGCAUUAAGCUUGGCCCACUUUGGAACUUGUGGCAAACUUUGCAAAGGUCAGGAGAGAAGUUUAAAGGGAAUUUAGCAGAAAGUGACGAUCCUUUAGAAAGUUUUGUCUUCAUGGAAGCAAAAUAUGCCUUCAAAAUGCAAGAAAAAGUGCAUUUGGCGCUAGACGGAAUCAAUAAAGUAAUUUCUGGACAAGGACUAUUGACUAGUGAUAUGGAAAAUGACGCCAAAGCCCUGCUACAAAAUUUAGUCCCUGAUAGUUGGUCUGAUAUGUGGGAAGGACCGUCAAGUCCUGUACCUUGGCUUAGAGCUCUUGUGAGGCGUACUAAUGCUCUGAAAAAGUGGGUUGAAGGGAUGAGGAGCGGAAAUUUAUUUUCUGACUCAAUUGCUUUAGGAGAGCUAUUCCACCCUGAAACUUUCUUAAAUGCAUUGAGACAGCUCACUUCAAGAAAGCUGGGAACUCCUAUGGAGCAGCUAAAGCUGAUGACCACUUUUGACUCACAAAUGCAAAAUGGGAUGCAACUGAAAGGCUUGCUAAUGCAAGGAUGUGAGUUUUCUAGAGGAGGGUUGACGGCGCCAAGCCCUUCAAGCUCAGAAUUGAUGCCUUUGCCUGUCUGCAGUAUUGCCUGGGUAAGAAGAGAUGCGAAGGAGCCGUAUGAAGAAAAUGCUGUGAAAAUUCCGCUGUAUUAUUCGCUUGAAAGAGAUAAGUUGUUGUGCACUUUGACACUGCCAAAUGCAGGGAGAGCUGAAGAGCGCAUUAUCAGUGGAGCAGCUUUAUUCCUUAUUGGUUCAGAGUAG